UCUAAUUGAUUCUUUUGCUGAGUGGCGACUCUCUGACCCACCUGUCAAUACUAACGGUCCAAAAAUGGCUCAGCUAACUUCAGUGCAAUGGCGGACCUUGUUAGAUGCAGCCAAUGAUGCCGAAAAACCAUAUCUACAAGCACUCCUAGAUAGUGCAGUCAAAAGGGAACAAGAGGCGAGGAAGGAGAGGAAGGAGACAUUGUUGAAAAGGCAAGUGACCAUCCUAGAGAUUGUUCCCUCACUGACUGAAGAGCAGUGUGGGGAACAGUUGCAGUCUAUACUCACCGCCCUUGUUCAAGUCAUAAAUCUUGAGGAUCAUACCACUAAGAUUGCUGAAGUCUUCGCAAAGUUGCAAACACUUCAAGAUGAUCUGACUGAUAUAACCUGCAAGUACCAUGAAUUGACAAGGGAGGUGGCUGAGCUGCGACAAGCCCAAGUGGCCAACCCUCUUCCUCUACCCCUUGGAUCCGAAGCUGCAAUUGAAACUACCUCUGCCUCUCUUACUGCAUCUUCUUCCUUGAAUGCGUUGGCAACCUCCUCGAGACCUGCAAUAGGUGUAGAUUCCGGUGUUGUUGUGACAAGCAGCGAGGCUGGAAAUUCUGCAACUGGUGCAGCCCCAAGAUUGGAACCAGCAGGAGCUGGUCCCAGCUACGCUGGUCCCUAUGUGGAUCGUAAGGCGGUUCAAAUACCGUCUAAGUACGACGGCAAAGAAGACAUCGAAUCCUGGAUCAGCUCCAUAAGGGCAUAUUUCGAGAUUAUGGGGACUCAACCUGAGAACCAGUUCGUGAUCAUGAGAAGGAAUGUCGAACCGGUCGUGCGGGGCUUCUUCGAGGUCCAAGCUACACGAGCUGGGAUUCCUAAAAUUCAACUAACAAGAUGGCUUAAGGCCACCCCGGUUGCCUCCCUCGAGGAACUCCUCAUUUCACAAUACCUGGAUCCACAUGCUGCAGCAAGGGCAAGAAUUCAGCUUGACAAAAUCAAGCGCAACAAGUGGACGGGCUCCAUGAAAAACCUGCAGACCUAUCUUAGCAAGAUGUUUGCUACACCCGGAUUGAAACUGACUGCGCAAUCUUGCUUGGAUGUGGUCAAAGGCGCGGUUCCCACCAACUUUACUAAUCGCCUGGGCAGGGACUGCAUUGGUUACACUGACUGGUUCACCUUGAUGAAGGACAUAGUCAGUCUUGAGGGUGUAGACCUUGUCACCACAGCAGGCAGCAAAAAGCCCAUGGGCGGCAGACGGUUGAAAGGCAGCAACCGUUUUGCUGUGCAUGACCUGCUAGAGGCCGAAGAAGAAGCCGAUGCAGAUGACCCCACUCUUGGUGACGACCAAGAACAGGACUCUGAUACAACUUGUUUUUCAGCCCAUGAGUCUGAUGCAAACAAAGAAGAGGAAAAAUUUACUGCCUUUAAAAAGACUGCCAAUGCAAAGGGACCGAAUCGGAGUGCAGGGAAGAACUAUGUCCAACUUCCCAAGGGAGUCAAGAUCCCACCUAAACUGGAGGAUGCGACUACUAAACCUUGGGUCGACCUCCAGAUUACUGAAAAUGAUUGGCGGGGUAGACUCAAGAAGGGGGUGGGUGCAAGGUUCUCCAAGAUCGAUCUCAAGUCUGGCUACCACCAGAUUGAAGUCGAUCCUGCAGACCAGCACAAGACUGCGUUCAAAACACGAGAUAGGCUUUACGAAUUUACCGUAAUGCCCUUCGGUCUCACGAACACACCAUCCACCUUCCAAAGCCUCAUGGACAAGGUCCUCCACGAACAGAUUGGCCGGUUCGUGGUGGUCUACCUCGAUGAUAUACUAAUCUUCAGCAAGUCCGUGGAGGAACACCUCAAGCACCUUGGGGAAGUAAUGACCAUCCUCAAGAAGACGCAAUUUCAUCUCAACUUAGAGAAAGCUGAGUUUGGGAAGGAUAGUGUCAUCUAUCUUGGGCAUCGGUUGUCUGCCGUAGGCCUGGAGCCUGAAGCAACCAAGGUGGAGGUCAUACGCAACUGGGCCCAGCCUGUGAACAUUCGCGAACUGCGUUCUUUUCUUGGUCUCGCAUCAUACUAUCGGAAGUUUGUGCCCCUCUUCUCUAUUGUUGCUCAUCCAUUGUCGCGGUUGACCAGUAAAAAUGUUCCCUAUUCUUGGGACGCCGCGUGCACGAAUGCCUUCCAAGCUUUAAAGGAAGCCUUGGUAAGUCACCCAGUGCUCCGCAUUGCAGAUCCCAAACUGAUGUUCGUAGUCACUACGGAUGCAAGCCAAUACGGAAUCGGCGCAAUGUUGCAACAAGACAACGGCGAUGGCUUGCGGCCACUCGAGUACUACAGCAAAUGCAUGCCCAGUGUAAAGGUAGCCACUUCCACCUACAUGAGCGAGCUCUAUGCUUUGCGCAUGGCGUUGGAUCACUGGAAACACUAUCUUUUGGGACGCCACUUCAAAGUCUUCUUAGAUCAUGAGACUCUAAAGUGGAUCAAACAACAAACUACCUUGUCCCCUACCUUGCUCCACUGGUUCCAUGAGAUUGACAUUUUUGAUUUUGAGUUAAGACAGAAAAAGGGUUGUCAUAAUCGAGUCGCUGACGCAUUGUCUCACCAUCCUGACUACAUGACUUGCCUUGUCAAAUCCUACGACCUCCGGAAGAAACUGAAGGAGGAGCUCGUAGAGCACACCGCCAACGAUUCGAAGCUGAGUUCCAUCCUUGAGUGGCUAUGGGUUGACCCUAGCAGUCAGCCUGAUUUUCACGAGUAUGGAGGACUGAUUUUUCGUCGCUACGGGAGCCAGGACCGUUUGUGUGUGCCCAACCAUGAGCCUCUCCGCACGCACUUUCUGAAUUUGGCUCAUGGCCGGAGCGGACACUUCAGUAUGGCAAAAACGUACGCAAAUCUGCUGAGACAGUUUGAUUGGCCUGCCAUGAAAGGGACUGCUGAAAAGUUUGUAGCUGAAUGUCAAGUCUGUCAAAGAAUCAAACCAUGCAGACAAAAGCCGAUGGGGCUACUCACACCCGUACCCAUUCCCGAUGGCCCCGGGGAGUCCGUCUCCAUCGACUUCACCGACAUUGGAAAGGUAAGUAAAAGCGGCUACUCACAGGUCAUGGUGAUUGUUAACCGAUUCUCUAAGUUCCUCAACCUGAUCCCUUUGCUGCCUCAUGCCCCAACAAAACUAGUGAUUCGUGAGUUGCAAGAGAAGUACAUUCUGCAGUUCGGAACCCCGAAGACUCUUGUGAUUGAUCGGGAUCCGCGCUUCAUUAGUACUGAGUGGAAGGACUUCACGUCUCAACUGGGGAUCAAGCUGUGUAUGACAUCUGGUCGACACCCCGAAGCCAACGGUUUGGCCGAGGAGAUCAACCCGACUGUGCUUCAACUUCUUCGCGCUUUAAUUAUCCCGGAUUAGGAAACAUGGGAUGAAGAGCUGUAUUCCGUUAAGGGUUUAUACAACAACUCCGUCCACUCCGCCACCGACAUGACACCCAACAGGCUGCAUUACGGUUGGCAGAUCCG